GUUAGAAUAGUAUUUAAGUGGAGGUUGAGACGGCGUUAGAAUCAACCUCCUGUUUUCAGUUCCAAUUGAAAACUCUAUUGUUUUUACUUUUUCAAGUAGUUUUGAACAUACAGAUUAAGUAUUGUCAUCACCAAAAUGUCUAAGGCUAUAGGAAUUGAUUUAGGAACCACAUACUCGUGUGUGGCUCAUUUCGCCAACGACCGUGUGGAGAUUAUUGCCAAUGACCAAGGUAACAGAACAACUCCCUCAUACGUUGCCUUCACCGAUACCGAGAGAUUGAUCGGUGAUGCUGCCAAGAACCAGGCUGCAAUGAACCCUUCUAAUACUGUAUUUGAUGCUAAGAGAUUGAUCGGUAGAAAGUUCAAUGAGGACGAAGUUCAGUCAGAUAUCAAGCAUUGGCCGUUCAAAGUCAUCGACAAGGGUGGAAAGCCCAAUAUUCAGGUUGAGUUCAAGGGUGAAACCAAGGUAUUCACCCCAGAAGAAGUGUCAUCUAUGGUUUUGACUAAGAUGAGAGAAACCGCCGAAAACUUCUUGGGAACAACUGUCACUGAUGCUGUUGUCACUGUACCUGCCUAUUUUAACGAUUCGCAGAGACAGGCCACCAAGGAUGCUGGUUUGAUUGCCGGAUUGAAUGUUUUGAGAAUCAUUAAUGAACCAACGGCAGCCGCAAUUGCCUACGGAUUGGAUAAGAAGGGUCAAAGCGCCCACGAGCAGAAUAUUUUGAUUUUUGACUUGGGAGGUGGAACUUUUGAUGUGUCCUUGUUGGCUAUAGAUGAAGGUAUUUUCGAAGUUAAGGCCACAGCAGGUGAUACUCACUUGGGUGGAGAAGAUUUCGACAACAGAUUGGUCGCCCACUUCAUUAACGAGUUCAAGAGAAAACACAAGAAGGACUUGUCCUCCAACCAAAGGGCUUUGAGAAGAUUGAGAACUGCCUGUGAAAGAGCCAAGAGAUCGUUAUCUUCUUCAGCUCAGACAUCCAUUGAAAUAGACUCUCUUUUCGAGGGUAUCGAUUUCUACACUUCCAUCACUAGAGCCAGGUUCGAAGAAUUAUGUGCUGAUUUAUUCAGAACGACCUUGGAUCCAGUUGAAAAGGUGCUUAAGGAUUCCAAGAUCGACAAGUCCCAAGUUCAUGAGAUUGUCUUGGUUGGUGGAUCCACUAGAAUUCCAAAGAUCCAGAAGUUGGUUUCUGAUUUCUUUAAUGGAAAGGAGCCAAACAAGUCCAUCAACCCAGAUGAGGCCGUUGCCUACGGUGCUGCAGUUCAAGCUGCCAUCUUGACUGGUGAUACUUCUUCCAAGACGCAGGACUUGUUGUUGUUGGAUGUAGCCCCAUUGUCCUUGGGUAUCGAAACUGCCGGAGGUGUUAUGACCAAGUUGAUCCCAAGAAAUGCCACAAUUCCAACCAAGAAGUCGGAAAUAUUUUCGACCUAUGCUGAUAACCAGCCAGGUGUCUUGAUCCAAGUUUUUGAAGGUGAAAGAGCCAGAACGAGAGACAACAAUUUAUUGGGUAAAUUCGAAUUGUCUGGUAUCCCACCUGCUCCAAGAGGUGUACCUCAGAUUGAAGUUACAUUCGACAUUGAUGCAAAUGGUAUUUUGAAUGUUUCGGCUUUGGAAAAGGGUACUGGUAAGACUCAAAAGAUUACCAUUACCAAUGAUAAGGGUAGGUUGUCUAAGGAAGAUAUUGAAAGAAUGGUCAACGAGGCUGAAAAGUAUAAGGAGGAAGAUGAGAAGGAAUCAUCCAGAAUUGGUGCUAAGAAUACCCUUGAAUCUUAUGCAUAUUCUUUGAAGACCACAAUCAAUGAUGGCGAAUUGAAGGAAAAGAUUCCAGCUGACGACAAGGAGAAGUUGCAAAAGGCUAUUGAUGAAACGAUUUCCUGGUUGGACGAAUCACAACAGGCUACAACUGAAGAGUACAAUGACAGACAUAAGGAAUUGGAAUCAGUUGCAAAUCCAAUAAUCACAGCAGCCUACUCCGCUGCUGGAGGUGCUCCAGGCGGUGUUCCAGGUGGUGCUCCAGGCGGAGGAGCUCCAGGCGGUUUCCCAGGAGCAGGUCCCUCGCAGGACUCAUCUGGACCAACUGUGGAAGAAGUUGACUAAAUUGGGUAGGUUUUUGUAGGAUUAAGAUUAAAAUUUUUUUAUAGGUUCUAUCGUGUUUUCAUAAAUGAAUAACAGUUAUUUACAA